GAAGAUACCAGGAUGAAAAGAAGAAGAAUGAGUUUAGCAGGUAAGUACCUAAAAUGGAAAAUUCGAUAGACCAUCUUAAAAAAUACUCAAUAUAAUUUUUAGGUCAUUGAGCCUGUUGUCAUAAAAAUAAAAGGGACUGUUGGUCAUUUAACAGUUCUGUUGAUAUUCAAUGACAUGUAUUAAAAACAAGAUAUUGUACGCCGAACUCUGGCUGAUUGUGACUUGUGACACACUUUAUGUCAGGGAUCGGAAACCGGUAUUUUUUGUAUGGAAACGAAAACGGUAUUUUUUCCUUCUUUGUUAAUUAUUUCAUUCCUAAUCGGGCAAUCUAAUAAUACGAAGUCGUUAUCUAAAAACACAACUGAGUCCUACAUUUUGAGUAUAAAAUAAACCGAAAUAUAUGGUUAUUUCGAUGUUUUUGCAAAAAACCGGUUCCGAUCCCUGCUUUAUGUAACAUAAUGAUCAUUUUCGUACAAUUAUUUUAAACUAGCUAGCUUUUUUUUUAUUUACGUUAAAAGCAGGCCCAAAAAUUACAUUGCUUCGCGUUCCUAAAAUCCCUAAGCCUUACACGCCCUUGCCAAUGAGAACGCACGGGAAAGGCCCGCAGCGAAAUUUUGAUGAUGUCACGCGUGUUUUUGUUUUGGUAGACUCCCCCUCCAAUCUCUCAGCUAUAUAAAUGUGUCUGAAGUCUAGACACACUCAGUACCUAUACAAUAUGGAGCCGUCGCUCGCAGCGUCACUCUCGCAUUUCGCAGCGCGGUUCGCGAAUGAACUGGAAAAGGGUAAAAGUCAGGUGUGCUCCCCGCUGUCGGCGCAAGCGGUGCUGGCGCUGACGGCGCUCGGCAGCGGUGGCGACACCCGCAAGGAGCUGCUGGAGGCCAUGGCGCUGUCUGAUGAUGAAGCGCUUCGUUCUUUAUUCUCCUACGUAACAUCUACCACGAAGUCCGUCGAAGGCAUCACGCUGAAGAUGGCCAACAAAGUCUACGUCACCAAUAAAAGCAAGUUGCAGCCAGACAUCCAGAAGGAUGCCAAGGAGGUGUUCCAGUCCGCGCUGGAGCAGUUGGACUUUACGGAGAGUGCAGCAGCUGCGGGGGCUGUUAAUAAAUGGGUGAGGAAUAGUUAUAUGUACUUUCAGUCGUCGAGUCCUCUAGAAAGUCCGUCGAAGGCAUCACCCUGA